GUCAACGAGCAAGACAACCAGGGGAACACGAUGCUGCAUUACGCUGCCUGGUACGGGCAUCUCAAGACCAUCAAGAUGCUACUGAAGCUGGGAGCUCUACCAGACAUUGUGAACCGAGAAGGCAGAACGCCACUGCACCUGGCGUACAGCAACAGCGAGAUGGAGUGUCAUGCUUGUUUGCUCGAGGCC